GGACAGUGACAGAGAAAGCAGUAUUAGCUCGCCCGAACCAGGCUCUAUGAUGGGAAUGGACGGAGACACAGAUUACUAUAGACCCCAGAAACUAAUUCAAAAUUGUAUAGAUUCAAGUCAAAAAGAACAUCGGAUAUCACCGCCAAUCACCUCAACGGCUCACCUCAAUGGAACCAUGGCUGGAUUUUCCUUUCAAAAUUAUCAAAACUUGGCUUCCAUGCAGCAAACUCUUCCACAGGCAGCUUCUUUAACGAGUGAUAUGGCUUCCGCCUCAAGUCCAGUGGCAAAUGCACCUCUUAAUCUAAGCGUAAACGCCACAGCGACAAAUUGUGGUAAAAAUUCUCCCUUGGAUAACAGUCUAUUAUGUGGCACUCUUCCCUCGCAACAGAACAGUUCAACUUUACCUUCUUCUCUAGCAUCGCAGCAACCGGCUCCGAUGCCUCAAUUUAUUUUGGCAUCCGGCCAAUUGGUACAGGGCAUCCAAGGGGCGCAGCUACUCAUUCCUACUUCCCAAGGUUUAGCCACGCAGACAAUCUUAACAAUUCCGGUGAACCAUGUAAAUAGCAGUGAUCAAAUGGUUAAUUUAGCUUUAAGUAAUGGACAGGUCGUCACAACAUCCUUAGCAAACUUACAAAGCAUGGCACAAACGAACUUGCUUAACCAACCAAAUAAUUCGGCAGCGACAACAAACGGCAAUAUUACUCCAAGUUUACUUAAUCCGACAGCACUAUCGCACCUGAUCGCAAACGGAUCCGCUCAACAGUUCCUCCAAACCUUACCUCAAAUGUUGAGCAGCCCGCAUCCCACCAACCAAUCGGCUCUGAUAAACCCGUUAACCCCCAACUUACUUCCAACUCCAUCCCCCAUACUUCCAACGCCUCCAACUCAAUCGUCCUCGCAGCCCGUUCACAGAAAUCACCUGAUCAACCAAAUAAAUCCAAACCAGUACGAUAGUAAGGUCCACCAAGCCAACAUACCCAGAGGUAGCUCAUCGCCAACGGCCGGCAACUGCAUAAAUCGGGCACCGACAAGCAACGGCGACCUCUCGAUAGCAUCGCACGGCUCAAACUCUAGUCAAAGCUUAAAAAGAUCUCCGUCCUCUCUGAGCUUAUCGCCGAGCUGCAAUGAUAAUUCAACGGCGGAUUUAUUAGUAGACUCCCCGAAUCAGCCAACAAUAAAUCAAACUAACAGUAACGUUGUUGACGGAAUAAAUUUAGACGAGAUUAAGGAAUUUGCUAAAGCAUUUAAACUUAGAAGACUUUCCUUAGGAUUAACGCAAACUCAAGUAGGGCAAGCUUUAAGUGUUACCGAAGGCCCGGCGUACAGUCAAAGCGCUAUCUGCAGUGCCCUGGCCUCUCAGAUGAUUGCCGCCGCGCAGCUUUCCUCUCAGCAGCAAGCCAUGUUUGAAAAAUUAGAUAUUACGCCCAAAAGUGCGCAGAAAAUUAAACCUGUUUUGGAGAGAUGGAUGAAGGAAGCUGAGGAAAGUUUUUAUUCCAGAUAUAAAAGUGGACAGAACCAUUUGACAGAUUUUAUUGGAGUUGAGCCGUCGAAGAAACGAAAAAGAAGGACGUCGUUUACCCCACAAGCGCUCGAGCUACUUAACGCACAUUUUGAAAGAAAUACGCAUCCUUCAGGUACGGAAAUCACCGGACUGGCACAUCAGCUGGGCUACGAGAGGGAGGUUAUAAGGAUAUGGUUUUGUAAUAAAAGGCAAGCACUCAAAAAUACGGUCCGAAUGAUGUCGAAAGAAAAUUACUAUCAUUGAAUCUAAUGAUAAAUCAACAAAUGACCAAAAUGUGUGAUGUCUAUGCCAGCUACAAUCUAUUGUAACAUAGAAAAUAAAUGCAAUUUGUACAUUUCCACCUAAAUUAAGAAGAUUUACAUUCAAGGUAGAACUCAUUAUCUUAAUUGCAUUUUAAUUACAUCAUUAAUAUUGUGGCUAUAUUAGGAGUCCUGUGUUAUUAUUUUAAUUGACCUCCGUCGACCUUUUGUUAAAACAAUCACUCACUCAUUUGUGUUUGUUUAACUGAUUUUAAUGCAAAAAAAUAACUGUAUUGUGAUAUGGCCUCAUCCAUUUAUUAACUGGAUCUUCCAAUAUUUAUUUUUCAUUUUUUCUAUUGCGUAUUAUAAAAUAUCUACUAAAUCUACUUAUACUUGUAAGCGUUAUUUAUUUUAUUUGUUUUUCUUUUCGUAUUUAUUAUAAUAUUAAGUAGAGGAUUUUAAAUCCUUGAAUGAAACCAAAGUUCCUAUUAGUGAGUAAGAGUAAAUGUUGUAAAUAUUAGAUAUCUAAAUUUUUAGGAUAUGUCUUCUCUAAAGUCUGUGUCAGAUAGAAUAGUUGCGAAUUAUUACUAGCGAUACCUCGAUAUAGUGUGAAUGACAAAUUGUAAAUGUUCUUGUGAUGUAGCUGUAUUAAAGAGUAAACAAUCAUUGUGCUAAGUAAAACGUUUAAUAAGAAACUAUCGUGUUCUCUC